AUGGUGGGUUGUGGUGCCUUCGUCUCGCUUUGCGCGGUGUGCGGACUGUAUAGGUGCAGCCGCAACUGCGGGAUGAGAGACUGCGGAUGCUGCAAGCGGUGCUUGCGCAGCACAGGUAUCGACGCUUUUGAUGACUUCGAGCUGCUUGUUGUUGUGCAUGAAGCCUUGUAUACUGGCGGGAAGUCGAAGAGUAAUGUUUGUGUGCGAGUCACUGCUGGAAUGCAGUCCGCAGCCACCAGUGAGAAUCCCAAGGCCGUUUUCCAUGAGUCCUUGAGUAUCCUGGUGGAGCAGGGCACCGAUGUUGUGCUCGUUGAGCUUUGGGAUGUGCGAGAGCGCCGAGCAAUGGCGAGCUUGAAGUUUGAUCCCAUGAAGGACCUCCUUCACAGCGAGGACCUGGGCAGGGAGAAGGUCUAUCCCAUGAAGCAGAAAACCAAAGGAUUGCUGAACCCGCGCGUCAGGCUUAGCUUGCACUUAGACACCGAUGAGGGUAUGGAGAAGGGGCUUUUGCAAGAUGUGGAUAUGAGCAGAGAGACCGACAUGAUGCUGCGCACGCAGCUGCAGAAGGCCCAGGCAAGUGAGCGUGCACGCGGUGGCUCAGAUUCCGAGGAUGCACCUGCAAAGGAGCUGUCCAAGGUGGAACUUUUCGCGAAGGGAUGCGCUGGACCCUUGGAUCAGUUUGGAAGCUGGGGCCGCCGUGACCCAAAAUGGAUUUGUGUGAGAGGACCUCCGGAUCAAAAACGCCACACACUCUGCAUUUACAAGGAUGAGUCGCAAUGCAGAAAAGGGGACAAUCCAGAGGUGGAAGUCGAACUCUUGAAGGUGUUGAGCGUGCAGCCAGACCCGGCGCGGAAGGAGGUCUUCAUCAUCAACUAUUUGGAGAAGAACAAGGUGAAGCAACGGCUCACCUUCUCGCGGAUUGAUCGUUCCCGGGACAUUUGGGUGGAGAUGCUGACGCUGCUUAUCACUAUGAUCCGUGAAGAGAAAGAGUCGAAGCCCAGCCCAAGCAAGCGGUAG